AUGGAUGCGAGGAAUGGCGAGAAAACAAAGGAAGACAAUGCCUCUAAUUCACUAGGAUGGGAUACCUCCAUGGACAUGUGCAACCCAUUAAAAAUUGAUAUACCGAGAAACACCUGUCAGGCUAUGGUACUGAUAAUCUUCAACCUGUCGGAGAAUCACUAUGGUGCAUUUCACAAUGAAAUGGUUAUAAAUAGACCAAUCUUCAGAGCCUAUGGCAAUGGGGAGUAUUUGGGAAUAUCCAAGUGUCUCCGUUGCGUUGAGGGCUGGUUCCCCAAGAACUCCGGUGUUGCUGCUAUUUGCUUUGAUUGUAAAGAGCAAGCGCUAAAAUGUUUGGAGUCAAAGACACAGAUGCGAGAGGCCGGUUGGAUGGGUCUACCUGAGGUGUACAUCGUUCCACUGUGCAAUCCAGUUCAGUACUUAGGUGACUACCAAUACCUGCAAAUAGACAUGUACGAUGUGAAGAAUGGCGUGAAUUUUGUCCGAUACCUAAACACCCUGGAGAACAUGGUGCAUGCCAAAGAUGGUCUGAUAAUUGCCGGAACGAGGGAGGUGAUGCGAUUCCGCGGAUUGCGAAGACCCAUGUACCUAGUGAUCUACCAGUGGAUGCACCUUGAUCAGGUUGAAUCCUUUAAUCGCGAGGCUACACCAAUCUUGCGCGAGUCCGGAUCCGCCUGUUCAACUCGGGUCAUCUUUGAAAUGGACGCCUACUGCCCGUCAUUUAGGCGAUAA